AUGGCUCGUUCUGAAAAUCCCUUGAUUUGGAGUUCGAAGCUUGUUUAUAAAGGCGAAUUUUCGUCUGCUAUACGAGGUCAUCAUGGCCACAAAGCGACAUGGUCUCCAACUAAAGGAGAGUCUCUGGCAGUAGGAAAGGGAAAGAAGCCAAACAAAACGUUGAAUUCGUAGUUGGGACUCAUCUUCAAGCUUACAAAAGAUAUUUUCCCAUGGAACUUUCCUUCCUGAUAUUCCUUUCCUUCCUUUCCUUCCUUAUAUUCCUUUAUAUUUAAAUUAUUUAUUAGCUUAGUAUUUUAGUAUUUAAGGAUUUUAGUCUUUCAGUUGUUUCAUAGGGCCAUAAAGGUUGAUUUCCACUAACGCGUAUUUGGCUGCGCUCAUUAACGUACGUAAAUUUUAAUCACGUAAAUAAAAUAGAGGCUAGAUAUAAAGUGUUGCGAUAAAACGUGAAGUUAAGCGAGGUUCUACUUUUACGCUUACCUGCAACCUUUCGCACAUUGCCUCUAUUUUAUUGCGAACGUAAAUUUUACGCGCGCACGCACGUACAAAUUACGCGAAAGUGGAAAUCACUCCUAAGGGAUAAUACAGUACAACUGUAAUUAUGUACCCUAUUGAAAUAAAUUGUAAAGAGUAAAUUUUAAGCUCGGUGAAACAAAUGUAAAAAUAAAUUAAUCAGUUUAAAAUUUACCAUCUCUCAUUCUUUUACCACACAGUAGGACAUCGACAUUGCUGAUCCUUGCAGUAUGCAGGACGCGUGUCAGAUAUGAACCUAGUAUAUGGCCUAGCUCUCCAUGAGUUCUCCGUAGCUCAAGUGGAUAGAGUGUUUUCACAUGACGUCACGGCGGCCAUAUUGGUAUCCCAAAACAAUGAAACGGCGGCCAUGUUGGUGUCCCAAAUCAAUCCUCUGGGAGUUGAACUCUUUUCUUAUACAAACGCUUUUUUUGUUCCAAUAAAUUUGCAUAGAUACUGGCCACGUGAGUGAAACCACUCUAUAGAGCGCCCGCCCGGUGUUUGGGAGGUCUUAGGUUCGAAUCCUGUUGGGGACUCAGAUUUUUUAUUUGUCCAAAGCUCGUGACAUGCUGAUUAAUUCAUUUUCAUAGUAUCCAUAAUAUUUACAAACUCUUAACAUAUAUAAUCCGGAACUAGCCUUAGAAUGAAUGUUAUGAUCGAAAUGCGUGUCGCAGUUGCAUGGUAGCUUUGUAAAUGUCACUCCUAAUAACUUGAGUUCCCCCUUCCUCUCAAUAUCUUUCAUGGGUUCCGGGAUUGGUUUCUUAGUAUUUUCUCUAACCACCAUUUCCCACGUCUUUUUGAGGUUCAAGGUUAUAAUAUUCUCAAUAGACCAGCGUAGGGUAUUCUGCACCUCGACUAAAGAUAAGUCCAGAGUAUUAGAUGUUAUAUAUAGGGACACUCAAAGUGAUGUCGCCAGUAUACUUCAAGAGAAGAUUCUUGUUUGGAUUUGCGGCUAUGAUGUCAUUUACCAUAACAGAAAACAAGUCAGGACCUAACACAGUUACUUGUGGGACUCCUCUAUUGAUGUCCACAAACUUUGUUGACACGUCAUCAACUACAACCCUUUGCUUUCGAUUACUCAAGAAGUUUAUUAUCCAGUUGAUAACAUAUUGAUUAAUGUUGUACGAUCCCAACUUGUUGCACACUAUUUCAUGCGAGACCGAAUCAAAGGCUUUACUAAAAUCAAAGGAAUAUACCUUAGCAAAGUCAGCUUCUGUGUCCAGCCAUCCUAAAUAGUGAUGUUGACAUUUAAUGAGGGCCAUAGUAGUAUUGUGACUCUCUUUGUAGCCAAACUGAUCAGAUCUGAUUUGUGGUUGUAGGUUAGGAGAUAGUUCAGUUUACAGACAAGCCUUUCAAAUAUUCACAUCAUGAUGUUAGUUAAUGAGAUAGGUCUCAGCUGAUUGCAUUCAGACAAUGGUGACUCUUUUGGAAUGGGUGAGACGUUCGCUAGUUUCCACAAUGAAGGGACUACUUGAUGUCUAAGAGAGCUGUUGAAAAUCUUAAUAAUAACAGGGGCAAGAUGGUGGGCGUAAUCACGCCAGAGCCAUUUUCGGAAAUUCAUCCGGCCCUGGUGCUGUUCUCUUCCGAUUAAUUAAAAAAUUCCUGACUGAAUGUUCAUCAUUAUAGGUGCCUGGCAUCCGUAAGGUAUCUGCAGAUCGCACUGGAGCUCUAUACGCCUCGUCAGUAUUAAUAGAUUGAAAGUAUCCAUUGAUAACAUCAGGACGAAUCACCUUACUAACUCUUUCUAUCUGUAAUCCUGUUCGCGAUGUCCCGCCAGCCCUUAACGCGCCUAGAGUGUUCCUUGCUUUCAUUAUUGACAGCAUUCACUUGAUUCCAGCAAAUUAGAAAAUUAAUCCUCUCCUGUCGCGUGAUGUUUUUUGCCACACUGCAGGUGUGUGAUCUCUUGUUCCUAGUAUUGCAAAGAUGUUUCACGAGCGGGAACAUGAAGGGAGGGCCCCUGGACGACACCUUGACCCUGAUGCGGGGAAAACUUUCAUCAAACAUAGUCCAUAAUCUAUCAUUCAACACCCUUACACACUCUUCAGGUCAUCCAAGCCAAGGAUAUCUGACCAGUCGCACAGCUCUAACUUCACAUCCAUAGCAAUUUUGUGAAGGUCGCGGGUAUCUCUAAAGCUAACAAAUUUGACAACAAGGUGGUUAGAUCUUACAAGUCCUUUGUGCGCUGUUCCUUUUUUGCAAAGGAAUGAGCCGUUCGUAAGAAGGACAUCUAAGAUGCGAUCCCCCCUAGUAGGGGCCAUAACCAAUUGUUGCAUGGCCUACCGCUGCAUGAGUUCUUUGAUAUUCAAGUGAUUAAUGUAACCCGCAAUUAUGAUCUUAGUGUUCGGAUCGUCAGCAAGGGUCUGAUGACAUGUUUCUGACAUAUAUUUAAGGACAUUAACAGGGUCAUAAACAGGAUCAGGGGGAUGAAUGAAUGAUUUACAAAGUACUUUCCUUAUAUUAUCUGCAUCUUUUUCCUCCUCUAGCUGCUGUUUCUCUUCUGGGAUAACUUUGAUAAUCGUUGCCUUUUAGCUUGAGGCUUCAUGUUUGUGUUGUUGUGUUCAUUCACGAUAAAGAAAACUGGCAGUGUUUUUGCCGUCUCCUGUCACGCCACCUUCCACCAUGAUUUGGUCACGAGCUGUAAUGUAUCCCGAGUGGGGUACAAUUGCUCAAAUGUAUCACGAUCGGGAUACAUUUGAUUUUAGUCAGGGCCAUGUGACCAAGAAUCAACCAAUUGCAGUCCCUGUUUAUUUGAGUGAAAGUCUAGGAAUCUAACAAUAGUCUGUUAUUGUCUUUAUUGAAUAGCAACGCUUAUUGGUAUUGGGGCGCUUGGAAUGAGGGUGCUUAUGCAAUAGAGGUGCUUAUUAGAGUGGGAGCGCUUAUUAACAAAAACCCAUCCGAGGUGGAGGCGCUUAUUGGAACGAAGUUAGUUCGUUGAAGUUUAGAAUAUAUUGUUUUUUUUCUUAGAGGGACAGGUAUUUUACAUGAAUGCAAACAACACUUAUGAUUCUUAUGACGCAAAACAUAAUCAUUUAUGGUGUUUUGAACAUGCAUGGAGACCUGAAAAGUAAGCGCAUUAAGAAAAACAAGUUUAAGAUAGCAGGUGGAUUGUUUAACACUGUUAAAAAGAACCAACAUUUAAUUCUAUCUGUCACAUUUGAAAUUCAGUAAAAUUAUGUUUACCAUAGAUUUGUUUUAGUAACUUAAGAGACCGUACUGAAAGAUCACAAGAAGGACAAUUAACACUGGUGUAGUAAUUAGUCGCUGAUGGAAAUUAACCCCCCCCCCCCCCCUCCCUUCACCUCCUCGGUCAGUCAAGUGAAGUAGAAGCCAAUGAAGUACGCAAACUCUAAGACAUUAAUUACCUUUAAUAAGCAUUCGGUUUUUUUCACUAGCUCCUUUAGAAAUAGAAGCACGCGGAGAAAAAGCACAGCUCGCUUAUCAAAGUGCUCUGAAAGAUGGAGCUGUUAAUGUUUACCGUGGUCGAGUGUUGCUUAUUGGGCAAGAUCGAGCAGGAAAAACAAGUUUGAAGAAGUCUCUCAUUGGUCUACCGUUUAAUUCAAAAGAAAAAAGUACUGAUGGAAUUGAAGUGGAUCCAUCAAAAUUUCAGUUGGACGUUGAUGAAGUCAGGAAUUGGCAACCUAUUGAUGAGAGAAAACAAGGGUUGCUAGGAUGCUUGAAAGAUGUGGCACAGAUGGUGGUGGAAAAGAUGAAUGAUACUUCAGUUAACCGUGAUUGGGUUCAGGAGGAGGAAAGAGGUGAUGCGAUUCUUCAAAAUGAUUAUAACAAGAAUAGGAAACAAAUUGGUGCUAAUGCAGAAGAGGAAGAAGUUACUCUUGUGAACCAGGUUUGUCUUUGUUGGUUUUAAAAUGUGAUGUUUGUUCGUGAAUCCUUCGUUACGUCAAUAAUUUCCUAACAGUAAUUGCCCCCGCAGGGAUUUCGCCCAGAAGGCGAAAUCGCGAGGGGGCACUCUAGUAACUCGCGCGUAUAUUAAGGAAAGUACUUUCAGUUGAAACAUACAGUCAUACAGUCAAUAUAGAAAAAGUCUCGAUUUGCUUGAACAGGGGCCGCGAGGAAUCGGUAGGUAAUGAUGACGUUUCUAUUGUUUGCGCCCGCAAGUACGAAAUGGUUAGGAUGACGUUAAGACAGAAGAUCCCCAAGGGACCGUUUAUGUAGAUUUUGUGACAUUUAUUGUGCAGUCAUACUUCGACACUCUUUUACGUUACGUGUUAUCAGUGACAUUCUGUGGAGCAGUUGUUUCAAUGAAAGUUAUGGACCAAAAUUUUAACGACACUCGUUAAGCGCAGAAGAAGUUAUAAGGUGCGUAUAACUGUGUAUAUAUAAACACUUGGAGAGUUUGCCAAACACGAGUUCCCAAAUCUUUCAUUGGAAACCUUGCCAGACACUCUUUCUCUCUCUUUGACCGGAACAAGACUCAGCCCCAAGCAAGCAGGACGAGUGAACAACGGCUAGCUUCACACUAGCAGAACGAUGGACGAUUACAGAAAUUCGCCGACAAUCAAAUUCUGUGCUGACUUAUUCCCUGCUUACAGAUGUCCUUCCGCUAUAAAGUUUAAAAUAAGACUAGAAUGCGCGAGAUUGAAUUGAUCAAACGUCCUUUUAAUUUCUAAGGCUUCCUUUCCGGGAAAUAAAAUGAACUGAAUGUAAAAAGUGAAAGAGAAAUAGCGAAAAAUUCAACUUCUAAUGAAAUCCUUUCUUAUAGUUUAGAAUAAACUAUUCUCGAAACUGAGAAUGUUUUGAUCAAAGCUGUAUAAAUCGACCUGAAACUGUGCAUGGAACCUUGCGUUUCCUGUAUUUAUCUCACCUAUUGUAUGACAUAUGUGUGAAAAUCUUCAUUAUGAAUCGGUAUAUUUCAAAGAGCUACACAACGAGCAAGAAUGCUAUUGACCGACAAUAUACAGAGCGGGGGCAGCUGUAGUGUCAACUAUUACUAGUUAUUAUGAAUUGAUUAUUGCCUUCAUAAGUUAGGUUUUAGUGAGAAACUCACCACGGCUUCCCUGCCUUUUACUACGAUAUCAUUAUGGAAAAUAUGUAAUAAUUGCCAGAUCGUGGUUUUUUUUUUCAGUGCUAGCCUGCGUAGCAAGCGUUUCCAAUCGAGUUAUUGCGCGAAAGUUAGAGCGGAAGCAAAAAAAAGGUUGAAGGGGGAGGGGGAGGGGAGAAGAGGAAACGCUUGCCCGCAAACCCCACGAUUCUGGAAAACGCCCCUUGAUAUUUCACGGUUCGGUUCAUUUGUAAAUUGACAGCUCGUCAAAAUAGAAACAUAACGAACAGAUUACCCCUGGAUUACCAGAUUCGUAAAAUUACUUUGUUCUCUAAUAGAACACGUUGCAAGCGAUUGCAAGAACUGUAAUAAAAAAGAUUUACGAUAAAAGAAAGUUAAAACUAUGAGCGAUUGCUGCAGAAUUUCUUGUUUUUUAUUGUGUGGCUUUAUCUCGUCUGAAACCUUGUCGACACGUCAAAAAUGAUUUGUCCGGAACAACUCACUCCGCCGGGUAUAAGUUUUGCAGAGCGGCUGCUCUUCAGCCUGUGUCUAAACGUUCUCUACAAUAGAUGCCGCUAAAUUUCCAAUAAACAAAAAGAAUCUUUUCAUUUCAAAAAGCUGACAAAUCGCUUGUCCAUGGCGGCUUUAGCUAGUGUCGAGUACCGAUGUUUUGAUUUAUGUUGAUGUUAUCUCCAACAAACAGUCCAUUUUUGCCAGUCAGAUCUGCACGCCGUCAUUCUCAAUAAAUUAGCCUCCCCUAGUCUCCACUGCUCGAUCUCCAAUUAUACUUUGAAGACUCUUAUCUCAUAAACCUUCACACAAACACGAUUCCAAUAAAUAUCAGUCCAAAGCAUUUGUAAUCUGCGACCACAAAUCAGAUGAGACCAGAUCUGUGACGCACGAAAACAAAGCAUACCUGGUUUGAUUGAUGUUUCGAAUGCUAAGUAAUCAACACUACCCGCACCGCGCCAAUCAGAAGCUGCGUUCGUGGGCGAACGCAGUUUUUCAAAAUCGUGGGGUUUGCGGGCAAGCGGUUCCUUCGUUCCCCACCCCCUUCCCCGUCAUUCAUGUUUUUUUGCUCUUGUCCCAGCUUUCUAGACGAACCUCGCGAGGAAACGCUUGCUACGCAGGCUAUUUCAGUGCUGGUUAAAAAUUUAGCAUGUUUAUACUUGUCUGAUAAGUUCAGUUUCGAGUAAAGAAUGAUAUUACUAUCAACCAUUUUGUUAUAUUUCCAUGAUUGUACCCAUCUACACAUAAGCUUAGCCUUUGGGUCAUUAGUGCGUAUGCAAACCAAACUGAGUAUAGCCGUUUCUUUAUUUAUACUUUUAAGUGUUAAUUAGUCUUUGAGUAUAGCUUUCGCUAAGUUUUUUUUUGCCAAUCACAAUUUCCCUACGCUGUUUUCCUUUUUAUGCGAGGAGCAAGGCCAAGGGGCUGGGGGGACUCAAUCAAACACCAUAUUUCUAUAUAUUCUUAAAUUUACUGUUCCUUGAAAAAUGCAGGAGCAUUUUAAUGUUUUGGAUACCUCAUUCCUCCAAUAAUUGUACCUCAAUGUUUGAACUUAUAAAGAAUUUUCUGUUAUCCAUAACAACUUUAAAUGGCUGAAUAAUCGAACCAGGGGGAUGAAGAGGAAUAAUCCGGUGUUCAUUAUUCCAGCUGGAAAAUUUACGUUAUUCCAUUAUUAGUCGAGCUUGCUUUAGCAGAGCGAGACUCUAAAAAUGCAGUCCUUUCUUUUUUCUUGUCGGUGGGACCUAGUUUGUAGGCAACGCGUUCCUAGCGAAGACCGUGGAAACUGGGGAUAAGAAUCGUGGCGACUUUCACUGUAUGCAAAUGAGUCUCCUGAUGAGCAUGCGGUACAUUUUCGGCGAUGACUGAAGUUUGGCACUGAUGUAAUUUUCCUCGAAUGGAGGCCCUUGAUUUUCGUGUAAUUAUGCACGACAUGCAGGCACUGAUUAAAAAGGAAAUAUCCCCAAGUAGGGUGAAAAAAUAUUAUAGCGGGGAAAUCCUAUUUUGUGGUGUUUUAAGGCGUUACGUUUCUCAGAAUAUUGCCUCAAUUACUUUCGGAAAUCUACGGUAAAAUAGAUUCACUUAGUUUUAUGUAUUUAAUUGAUAGAUUUUCGCAGUUGUUAAGAUGUGAAGUCGUGUUGCACUUUAUAAAUACUUGAGAUAUCAAGUAUCUUUUACGUGCGUACGUGCGUAAAAUUUGCGUUUGCAAAUAAAAUAGAGGCAAUGUAUGAAAGAUCGCAGUUACAAUUAUGUAAACGUAAAAGGAGAAACUCGCUCAACAACGCAGUGCGCUUUGGUCCACCGCAAAUUGUGCCUGUGAGGAAGUUUGGGAUGAAGGUAUCAUUUUUUUUUCAAGUUUUAGUCUCAAAAUUGUCAAAAUAAAUCAUAUUGUGGUGCAUUGCGCUGAAAAACUUUGUUAUCUUCAUAUCUAUAAAUGUGCCACUCCACUGUAAAAAAUAUACAUUUGGUUAGAGUGUAACGUAGGUUAGCUCCAAAAUAGUAACGUAGACCACACCCUAAAAUUCUUCACAUUCCACGAAUGCCACGAAACUUACCAAGAUAAAAAUAUAUUUUUUCUUUUUUAUGCAUAAUGAUUUAUCACACCGUAAAAUUUUAAGACAGUCUGACAAAUCCUUCAUCCAAUUUUUUAUUCACAAACUUGAGGUAAAAAGGUCCAAAUUAGCCUCCGGUACCACCUUAAAUCUCAACACUUUAUAUCUUACCCCUAUUUUAUUUACGUGAUUAAAAUUUACGUGUGUUAACGUGCGGACCCAAAAACGCGUCAGUGGAAAUCCACCAUAACGUUACGUAUGUGUCACGGAUGUGUUUAUACGGGUAGCUUUGAACUUGACUAUCUGCGCAUCUACUUGCAGCACUUCAUGUCCAUAGAAUAGAAAUCCCAUAUCGAGCUUUUCCGGAGCAGGUUGGUCCAAGAAUUCUAUCGCUUGAAUGUGUUGAUUAUUUUGGAACAACAACUGAUCACUUCAGUGGUCGAAAAUAAAAAGAAUAAUCUUAAUCAGCAAAACUUCAAGGUUUACUGGAAAAUCAGGAUCGAGGAUCGAGGAAUUAGGGAUUCAGGAUCGGUUAAAAAGAACUUGAAAAUAAAAUGAAUAAAUAAAUGGUGGAUCAGUGGUGAUGUGGGCCGCAGACUGUAGAUAAAUUUCACAGAACAUAACCCCGUUGGCUGUACUGAACACUAAAUUCAAGUAAACUAAUCCGAGUCUGUCUGAGUCAGUGAUUGUUUUGACCAGAAAGUGAAAUUUUCCUGGAAAAUGAAACGCUUUAUCCCAGUGAUACUGUAAUAAAAGAAAAAACUUUAACAGUUUUUAAUUUUUUAAUUGUACAUUUGCUUUCACUACUCCAUAUUUUUCUUGUAAUUGUUGUAUGCACGACCCCACCAGCAAUGUUGAUAUUUUUAGCGUGCUAAAAUAAAGUUCUGAUCUAUCUAUCUAAAAUGCAUGCUGUGCACAACUCUAAACAUUGUACUCUGAGACUGUACGAAAAUAUUAAAAGUAGAUACUAAGCAGCUAUGGAAAAUGUAAUUAUUUUCACGCGGUAUUGAUAUCUUAUAAAGAGGACAACAAAUUCAGCAGGAAUACGCGCGAACUGAAUUAACUUUGUGUUGUAUAAGGUUCUGUUAAACUUACACAAUUUUCCUGUGCUGGACAUAUACUGUACCGAGCCGUACUUUGGUCCGGUACAAAGAAGCUAUGAAUAUUUAUACUGACAGAGUCAUGGUCCCCUGAUACCGAUAAAAAUCAUCGGUGAAUUUUGGGAGUGUAAAAUUCGCGAAAGAGUACUCCUCAAAAGAGCAAUAUCAAUAUGUAGAAGGUUUUCAAAAGGUUUCACACCAGUUUGAGGCUAAGUUGUGCGGCCUGUCUCUCCUUGCAAUUUUUACUUUUUGAGUAUUUACAUUAUGACAUAUAACACUCGUUUUGUAUUCCAAACGAAAAAGUAGGAUAACAGCACCGGUGCCUUUGACAACAAAACUUAUCUCCAAGCAAGCGAGACUCAACGUUACUAACAGCGUUCUUGUUCCAGUAAAAAAGAACUCAUUAUUCCGUUGAAGAAACCUACUUUUUCAAUUAUUUUGCCCCAGAAAAUGGCGUUAUUUUCUUUUUUCUUACUCUACUAUUUCUCUUCACCCCCAAAAUCGAGCCAGCUACCGUAGGUCUUUUAGAAUCAGAAUCAACAGUUCUUUUGUUUUUUUGUUUUUUUCGUAAUCUGCUACAGGUUGGUGAUCUAAACGAAGACAGUGUUAGUGAACUCACAUUAACAGGACUUGAUCAUGAGUUAGUGGUUGAUACUACUUCACCUUCAGAGGAGAUAAAGGAUCGAACUGUAAAUUUAAUAAAGUACAUGAAAGGUGAAGAUGUUAAGCCUGAGGAAUCUGUUGUCAGUAUUGAACUGUGGGAUUUUGCUGGACAACACCUGUAUCAUGCAUCCCAUCCUGUAUUUUUAUCAUCACGUGCGCUGUACAUCUUGGUGUGCAACCUCAGCAAGUCAUUGCAUGACACAGCCAAACCCUGUGUGAGACAAGGGUCUCGUAAUGUUCCUUUGGAAAACCCAAAUGGAGAAACAAAUCUUGAGAAUUUGUUGUCUUGGCUGUCCACAGUGCAUAGCGUCGCACAGAUGAGAAGAGAAACCUGUGAUGAUGAAGAAGAGGAGGUGCCUCAUUAUUUGCGCCCCCCAGUGAUCAUUGUAGGGACCCAUGCAGACAAACCAUUUGAAGACAUUGAAACAAUGAAAACAGAAAUCCAGAACGCAAUUGCUGGUAAGGACUAUGAAGGACAUGUGGUGCGGCCUAUCUUCAGCAUUGACAACACAGCAAAAUUAACUCAAAGAAAGAUCAAGAAAAAAGUUUUCGGGAAAGAUAAAAACAUAGAUAAGAUCCAAGCUCUACAAGUGAAAAUCUUGGAAGUGCUAAGACAGGAGCCUUACAUUGGGGAGAGGAUACCUGUGAGGUAAAUAAUGGUUAUACAAGAACAGAAUCCAUUAAAGUAAAUAUUAAAAAUAAUUUCAAGGGUUGAGUUGUGAACGCACUGAAAUUACGGUUUAUGUGUAUUGCGUUUGUUUCCGCCAGUCCUGGUAAGAUUAUUUUUUUUGAUAUGUAAUGUGUUUCAGGUCUCAUCAUUAACUCGUUGACUGUGACGCUAUAUAAAAGUGUGACUGCAAAACAUCUAAAGGCUGGUUCACUGUAUGACUAUACAGUGACUUUACUUUGACUUUACUUUACUUUACUUUACUAUUACUUUACUUUGGUUAAAAAAGAUUACAGCGUGCACAGAAAAAGUUCAGUGAUUCCUGAAUGAACCAUCUGGCGGUCAUAAGAAAUGAAUAUCUCGUUGCUUCGUCGUGUAGAAUUCCAGUUCCAUUGAGGUCAACAAAAAAUUUCCCGUCUGGGUGGGGGUUAGUAUGUUGCUGUUUUUAUCCUUGACACUUCUAAAUGAAGCAUACAUGAGAUAAAAACAACAAAACGGUCAAGGAGUACUGGAAACAAGUUUGAAAAAUAAAAAAGAUGGCCGCCGAAAAGCGGAGAAUUUUUUUUGGCUUUCAAAGACGUUUUCUGGGCGUUUUCUUCGCGCUGGCUACCCCUCACGGGAUCAGGUCAAAUUCAAAGGAAAACAAGAAACCCAGUUUUAUCACAUUCCUUGGUUUAAAAGACUGUGGUGGUUUUAAAGGCAGACGAGAGAUGGCACGAUAUCAGGUGGUACCGUUCGCGAUUUCUGCAAACUUUGGUUGUAAUCUUUCCGCGAAAGUCUACGCAAGUGAAAAUCCAUACAAAAAUGGCGAUUUUUUAGUUGGUUUUUAGCGCGAAAAACCCAGGGAAAUCCGAUAAGCUGGCAUUAAUCGAAGGUAAGAUCUUGAAUUUGAUGUUUUUUGGUAUUAAUAUUCCGGUGGUACCCAUUGAGAUUUGGUUACGAGUAACUCAAAAUCAGAGACAAAAAACUCUCAAAGUCGCUUCAGUCUUAUUAUUCCGCCAUACUUUAAAGACCAAAUCGUGGCUCGAAUGCAGCUCUAGCCUGUUAAAUUCCCGGAUGUGACCGGGCAUUCUACGCGAUGUGAAACAAGUUAACCAUGAAAAGCACUUCUGGCUGGGCUUAAGGAGUAUUCUGCCCUGAAGGGUUUGAUAAUCUUAUUUUGAAUUGGCCGAAAAGCACAGUGUACAUUUCAUUGUCGUUUUAAAAAGAUAAAGUAAAGUGGAUCACACACCCGUUCAAUCUGUACUGCAUAAUACAGGGUGAACAUUCAGAACAUGACCAGCUGUAUUAGUUAAGCUUAUUUAAGCUUAUAUUUAUCUCAUUUUAACUUAAGAAAAACCAUUUUAAUACCAACUAAUAAAAAAUCUUCAUGGUUUUUCACAUCUCAGCAGUCAUGUUUUGGAGCGCUUGCAUGCUUCUGGCACCGGUUUUUCAAACGAUGAAUCACUAUCAAGCGGAAAAAAUAUCAGUAAACCUAAUGGCACUAUCCACUAUUUAUCCAGUGAAAAGGUUUAUCCACCUUUCGCACAACUGGGCCCUGUACUUUAGUCAGCACAGGUAUACUGUGUCGUCACAGACAUGACUUUGUAUACUUUAACACGCGCUAUCAGUUUUCUCUUUGGUUUUGUAAACUAGGUGGCUGAGCUUUGAGAAAGUCAUCAACGCUUUGCUUACCAAGCCAGUUUAUUACCUGAGUAUAACAAAGCUACGGACCCAUGCCAAGGAGAAGUGCUUCAUCAGUGACGAUGAAGAGUUUACCACCAUGGUGAAUUUUUAUCAUGACCUGGGGAUAAUUAUCAAGCACCGUAGCACAGUCACCUUGAGUGCCAAGUGGCUGAUAGACUUGUUCGGGCAGCUGAUCACUAUUCCAGAUUUUACGAAAAUGGUAAGAAAUACAUUUUAAACGUGUUUUCAAACUUACAAUGCUUUGUAAUGGCCCCCAUUUUGGAUGACAUCACGGGUGUCAAACCGUGCCGUAACAAAUAAAAAUGAUUAUGUCACGUGCAUUGCACGCUAGCUUUCGUGUGUGACAUCAGCACAAUCUACCUUUAAAGGGGUGCAAUGGAAGUACAUUGCAUGACUUGUAGAAUUAUCCUCAAAUGUAGUCUUAAAGGAACGUCUCACAACAAAAAAGAGUGGAAAGAUACAUAUAGGUCUGCUGAAACCAGCGACUCUUUAUGUCGAACAAUCAGAACGCACUUAUUUUGACUCCACUACACAACAUCAACAGACAAAACGUAAUGGCAAAUAAGUUUAUUUUGGGACGGCUUGGCGAGAACCAACCCUACAAAGUAUUUAUGUAAAUACAAUAAUAGGUGAAUACUGGUGAAUACCUAAUGUACAACACUUGUAAACUAGCUUUCACAAAAAGAUAAAACUCGUGCGACAAAUGGUCGCUCUUGACCUGAAUCUCCCAUUUAAGCCGGCAGGCUUAGUGCCAGGUAGGCUGCCAGUCAUUCUGGGGAAACUAAUUAAUAAAACUCAGACAACGCAUAACUGGCACACGGAACACGGUAGUAGCACAGAGGCUAAACAAAAAGAAAAAACUCCUCACAACUGGUCGAUCUCGACCUGAAUCCCCCAAAUAAGCACACAGGCUUAGUGCCAGUUAGGCUGCCAGUUAGGCUGGAGAAACUAAUUAAUAAAACUCAGACAACGCAUAACUGGCACGAGGAACACGGUAGGAGCACAGAGGCUAAGCAAAAAGAAAAAACUGCUACAACUAAUCGAUCUCGACCUGAAUCCCCCAAAUAAGCACACAGGCUUAGUGCCAGUUAGGCUGCCAGUUAGGCUGGAGAAACUAAUUAAUAAAACUCAGACAACGCAUAACUGGCACGAGGAACACGGUAGGAGCACAGAGGCUAAGCAAAAAGAAAAAACUGCUACAACUGGUCGAUCUCGACCUGAAUCCCCCAAAUAAGCACACAGGCUUAGUGCCAGUUAGGCUGCCAGUUAGGCUGGAGAAACUAAUUAAUAAAACUCAGACAACGCGUAACUGGCACGAGGAACACGGUAGGAGCACAGAGGCUAAGCAAAAAGAAAAAACUGCUACAACUAAUCGAUCUCGACCUGAAUCCCCCAAAUAAGCACGCAGGCUUAGUGCCAGUUAGGCCGGGGAAAUUUAAUAAAACUGUGAUCAACGUAUAACUGGGACCGGGAACACUUCAGGAGCACAGAGGCUGAGUGCCAGGAAAACUGGGAAUUAUCUCCACUAAUGUACCCAACAAGGCACAUAGCCCAAUAAACAGUAAGACUGCCAUAAAAGGCUAGGGCGGGACAUAGAGGGUAAACAAUGAAUAACGACCCUGGCUAGAGGUCUGUAACAUUGCCUGCAACCUAACUGCGUCAAACGAGACUUACGUCGCCUCCUAAAGAGCGGUUCCGGGACAGCUGACCUAAGCAUACAUGGAAACUAAAUAUAUCAAGUAAAGGAGCAGGUGCAAAACUGAGAUAACUAGUGUACAAGUACAUAAAAUAAGAAACGGAAAAAGGCUGAAAACUAGCAGAGCUGAGCUACCGCUUACAAACUGAAGUAAAUGCGGUCAGACGGAGGCCAGAAAAAACCUGCCCAAAAAAACCCCGAAGGGAAAAAAUGCGGGCAGGAAAUCUGGGUAGGAACCAAGGCUCAAGCUCAAAGCCCUUCCUACGGGACUUUACAAUGUAAUCGAGAAUAUGUUGCUCCUAAAAAUAAAUAAAACAAAAAUUUAAGAAAAACCAAGGAGAGGUUGCUUCGUAAGCCUAGAUGACGAACACGUGAUAUACGCAGCCUUAUAUACCCCCGAUAUGGCUACCCAUGGUGCACCCGGCCUAGUACCCAGGCCCUGUUGUAUCUCGUGCCGUCAAAAUAUUUAUUUCUGCCUUCUUCGCGGGCUCAUUCGUCAGAAAUAAAAUAUUUUGACUCCACUACACAACAUCAACAGACAAAACGUAAUGGCAAAUAAGUUUAUUUUGGGACGGCUUGGCGAGAACCAACCCUACAAAGUACGUAGAGUGACAAAGUAUUGGGCGAAAUGACAAAUGAAAGCUCCUAGAGCCCAAGAAACUUGGAAACUGAAAGCCUUUUUUCUAGGUCAUCAUCGGUAGGCGUCCUUGGCUAGAACGGACUUUCAGCGGCCGAGCCACUGAAACACACUGUCACAAACCCCAUUAUAAGCAGCGAAGGUGGCCCCUCACGAACGCAAGGAAUAUAAACCAAAAGUGGAUUCUCAGGUCCUUGCGAAAAGCCUCUCUAAUUGUGGUAUAGCUGAUAGGCUCGUUCUGGGAAACUAACUAAAAAGAGUUGUUCCCGCGAAACAUGGGGCAAAAAUGAGAUCCCCGGAGCUAAAGGGGAUGGAAAAAAGAGCAAGGUACCUCUUUAGAAGCUUGACAGGACAAGCAGGGCCAAACAUUUCCGAAAAAAUCACUUCGAGUCAUCGUCCUUACAAAGUUGGUCGUUCUUGCUUUUGAGAACCUUAAUAAUCAUGAAACCCUCAUGAGAGAAAAUAUAAUACCCCCUAAUUAAAGAGACCUCAUCAAACCUAAAAUCGUUUUGAAAACACACCUAGCCCCUUCAAUAAUCGAGUUAACCCUGGGAGAGGGGAUACCCGCCAUGGUAUGAACCCAUUUAAUACCAUAAACAUCCGAGUCUACGACGCACAGGGAGUGCGACUCUUCAAUGAGGUGUUGCAAAUACAAGACAACAUGGCAGGGACUGGCAGGACAGGCCCAGGAAUGAAGCUUACUGGCAGCAAAACAUUUUUACUUGCGAGAAGCACGAAGGUACUCCACUGUCGUACUAACUGCCUUUGAGGAGAGAACCGUCGAUUGCAUUGUAGACUGUCUGUCAGCCUCAGGGUUCAACCCUCUGGUGGGAAAUUCUGGGGCCCGCGCUAGAAACCAGAGCGGAAUAUAUCUGAAAAGUAAUCGAAAAUACAAAAGAAAAUGUGAGGAUCACGCAAUAAAAAAGAAAAAUCACCGGAAAAGGGAAGUGGGGGGUUAAAAGGCUACAUGCAAAAACCUAAUGGGUCCAAACCUAAAGGUACGCAUAACACGCGUGUAGAGGCACAGGCAACACUUUCCGUCAGGCAGCGUAGAGCAGAAGCCCGCCAGGGACGAGGGAGGUGUGGGGCGCCGAAAAUAAACGCGAAGCGCUAUGACGCCAAAAAAUAAAGGCCUGGUUCUGAAAAGGGAAUUACGGACCUUCCCUGGAACAAAUAAUCCCUGGAACUUAAGCAAUAAAACCCAGUCCACAACAAAACUAUACCAAUGCACUCCAUCUCUAGUAGAAACAUUUCAGAAAAUAGCUGACUUCCAUACGUGAGAAAUAAGGGCUCCCGUGAGCGCGGCAGAGCCCAAUGUGUCUGAUAUACAUGACUCUGACAAUGAGGCAAACAGGUGGGCCAAGCCAGUUGUUGUCCUAUCCCCAAUUUUGAGCGAAGGCAUAAACAGCCUAACAGCCUGGCUGAAAAAAUAGAGAGUUAAGCCAAGGCAACUCGCCGUUAUAACUACAGGCGAACCUGUCAAUAAUGUAAGGACCUAAGAGGUGAUUUAGCCCUAGCAAAACAAAAUCGUUGAGGCCGUAACCAUCGAAGUCAACGAGCUUGCAGAUACAGACAGCACUAGCGUUCAGGUCCCUAGGGGUCCACUUGACCUCGAACGAAAUACAAUGAUGGGAGCAAAUUUGAAAAGCAACUAGGGCUAAAUUCUUUGAGAUCGCAUUUCCUGCUGCCGUCGCGGAGAAUGGAUUCGACGUUCUGGUUGUCAGAAUACCAAAAAACCUUGGAAUUAGAUGAAGGGCACGCGAAGGCUAGUAAGGCAAGACAAACCGCUUUGAGCUCUCUUCAAGUCGAUCUACGAACACUUUCCGACCAAUUCUGAUAAAAAAUAAACUCAGGUUCAGACUCCACUUAAACGCCGCAGGCUGAAUCGGAAGCAUCGGAGAAGCCGGAGCUUACUCUCACUGGAAGCGAACUGGAACCCCUCGAUAAAUUUUGCCGUAGAGAGGCUAACAUAAUUCGACCAAAAUUCAAUUUCAUACAAAGAAUCAACGGACAGGAAAACCUAGCUAUCCCAGGAAACAGCUGAGUAAACAACUGAGAAAAGAAAUCGGGCCAUAAUGCACGCGACGGAUCCCACGCUACUCGAGAGGGAAAUACUAUGGGCGGCUACACACGGGACGCGUAGAACGUGGACUGUGGUGGACGACUAAUAUGAAAACAAGGCCGCCAGGUCGCGAGACAAUUUAGCAAUGCGUUCAUCCGUGGCUCUAAUACUUCCAUCCAGAGUGUUAUGUUGAGAUGAACGCGAAGCCACUAUAAAAUUCGAACGGGCUCCCACAGGGACUUUUCCUCAUAGGAAUUCGAACAAAGCGAGACUAAAGCAAAUCGGCAUGGACAGCCCGCAAACUGUAAAUUAAGGCCUGAACGCGAUAGGCUCCUCCUCCUAUAGCUAGACCAUAGUCAAGAAAAAUGGCAAUAGGGAUACCUUGGCUUCUUCUAGAUUUCUGAAGCGGUUUGAGGGAGGCUGACAAGAACCCAAAGGGAAGCGCGCAAAGUAGAAAAUACCUAAAAACCCAGGUGCCGAGAUCCCAGGUGAACGCAAGGAAAUACUGGUGAUCAGGGAAAAUAACGAUAACCGCACUAGAGCUAAAAUAUGAAUAAAUAAAAACCCAUAUCAAAAGUAUAAGUGGCCAUGGACAAGUCUUCGCACUUGAAUUUCUGUUUGAAGAAAAAAGUGCAAACGUGCCUAAAAUCCAGGAUUAACCUUUGUUAGCCGGAGCGGCGCGUCAAACAGAAAGCGGGUAAAUGAUAUUGGAAUGCAAAAAUUUUUAAAAGGAGGUUGAGGCUGGGAAGCUCAUUAACAGCUACGGACAAAAAAGAACUGUAAACACGUGCAGAGGCAUUGUAGGGAUUAAAAAAAAAAAAAAAAAACAUAAAAAGCUGGAAGAAGGGAAUUUGUAACUAAGACUAAAAACAUUCAAAAUGAACAGAGAAACUAGCAAAGUAUGCCAGAAAUAGAUAACUGUGAAAAAUCUUCCCCAAACUGAAGGCAGAAUAGAAAUAUCAACGGUACACUCAGAGCUCUAAACCGCGCCUAAAACUAGCGGGGUGAACGUCAGAAGAAACUGGUAUAAUAUCGAGACAAUCCUGAUCCAUAUUACGGCUUGCCGCCUAAAAAAUUCAGUACUAAAUUAGAAUAGACUGCACCUGAUUGUUGUCCUUCAUCUAGCCAUUUGGGAGUUUGUGAUGUUUGGCUUGUCCAUCGUCGGGUAACAGGAACGCUUUCCACGGGCAAAACAGGUCCCGACACUGGGUCGUCGAGAAGGCGAAAAUAAAACAGGAACGUUUGACAUGAGGCUGGGGUUACAUAUGUGAAGUUGAGGUGGACGCCGACGUUCCCACUGGCGAGGAUCUGUUUUCGAGUGGUCUUCUUCUUCUUACGGGCCUAGUACGCUACACGGCCGCAAAAUUCUGCACUGUGGAUCCUUUAAAACUGGUUUUCGUUGGCCUUCUUCUUGAACCUGCGUGGUUCGUUAUACUUUAGUUUCUUAAUUUCCUUCAUCUGCUGCUCGGCCAAAUAUUCAUCAGCGCGCUUGAUUUGACCAACGGUUUCUGUUAACAAAACUUUAAACGAGUCCAUUAACUGUUUGCUAUUCUCCUCAAUGAGAUCAGACACUUCGUCUUUGCUGACGGAUAUAACGCAAGAAAGAGCCGAUAAGAACGUUAAGAAAAACCAAGGAGAGGUUGGUUCGUAAGCCUAGAUGACGAACACGUGAUAUACGCAGCCUUAUAUACCCCCGAUAUGGCUACCCAUGGUGCACCCGGCCUAGUACCCAGGCCCUGUUGUAUCUCGUGCCGUCAAAAUAUUUAUUUCUGCCUUCUUCGCGGGCUCAUUCGUCAGAAAUAACAUUUAUAGUUUCUGGAAGCACAGGCAGCCCAAGCGCACUAUUAGUGGGUUCGGGCUUCAGAGGCCAUUUGGUGGGAAUAUACUAGAAUUAUUAGUGUAUUAUCUGUUGCCAAAUAAAUGCAAAAAGUCUUAAAGAUAUGAAGUCUUCUUGUUUGUCAAUCGGUACUAGUAGCCUUUAAGAUAACGAAAAUCGAUAUUUCUUGCAUUAUUACAUGUGAUUCGGGCCCUUAUUGAUCGAAUUUUAUCACAUGUAUUCGAAUCUACAACGCUAAGGGAAAAAAAAUCAUGAUCACGCGAAAUAUUGAUUCAAAAAGCUCCCUUACCUUUCGUUCAUAGCCACUCUGUGUCCUACGGCUGGUUUAAACGCCGUUUAGUCGACUUUCUUUCCAUCGAGUACUGAACACUAUAAAAGAAGGUGGCAAUUUUAGGGAGAUCGGUCGCUUUGUUUGGAAUUUAUUGGCCUUCUAGCGGCGAGGGUCAAUUGGAAGGUCUCCAGCCUUCUCUUCUUUUAUAGUGUUCAGUACUCGAUGGAAAGAAAGUCGACUAAACGGCGUUUAAACCAGCCGUAGGACACAGAGUGGCUAUGAACGAAAGGUAAGGGAGCUUUUUGAAUCAAUAUUUCGCGUGAUCAUGAUUUUUUUUCCCUUAGCGUUGUAGAUUCGAAUACAUGUGAUAAAAUUCGAUCAAUAAGGGCCCGAAUCACAUGUAAUAAUGCAAGAAAUAUCGAUUUUCGUUAUCUUAAAGGCUACUAGUACCGAUAGACAAACAAGAAGACUUCAUAUCUUUAAGACUUUUUGCAUUUAUUUAGCAGCAGAUAAUACACUAAUAAUUCUAGUAUAUUCCCACCAAAUGACCUCUGAAGCCCGAACCCACAAACAGUGCGCUUGGGCUGCCUGUGCCGGAAGUGAAAUUUGGACCUUAAGAAUUUUCCGAAGAGUAAACCAAAUGGAGGAUUCUGGCAUUUACGUGACGCUUUAAAGAGCAUUCUAUAGAUUUGAAAUCUGAGGUCUGUUUAAAAGGCUAUGAUCUUUUUUCGCCCCCAGAAAGAUUUAUUCACAGUUAUACUUUCUAGUCAGUCUUUCGUAACUUUCAUUUUAGACGUGUCCUCACACAAAUCCGCAAAUUACAAGGAGAAAAGUUUUCCUUGAAUGUUUACUUAAAAUGUUUAGUAGCUUAUUUCUUUUAGAGAACUUGCUAAACUUUAUUAGUAUAACAUUUAGAAAUGUAAAAUGAUCCUGGAAGAAAGCUAUUUUGAGUAGUUUUGUGAUCAUUCAAUCAAUCAAAUCAAUCAAUCAAUCAGUCUUUAUUCUUCGUAAGAUAAAAAGACAUAUCUUAAGUUACAUCAGCAGUUAGGAUUCUAAAAAUACAUACGACAUACUGUAUACAAGUAAUAGAAAGAUUAAAGAUUAUAUCUAAAAAUAAGCCUAUUUACAAAAACAUUCUCAAAUGUAUCAGUCUCUAUAUCCGAGCGAUGAGCACUUUUGUUUCUGAGUUGUUGCUUUGUUUCUUUCUUCUUCGGAAAGAUGUUACUAAGCUGGCAAUCGGGAUCCACUGAACGUACCUUGAAAGCUUCUUAUCUGCCUUUUCUAAAAUUUCUCGAAUGUCCAUUCUCUUAGAUGUGUAUUUCCUUUUGAAACAUCUAUCCAAAACGUUUUGUAUGGCCGUGAGAUCUGAGUCUACAGCACUAUAAACAGGCAGACCAUAAGUGAAAUGCGGUAAAACUAAGGCGCUAAAUAGGUGGCUACUUCAACUUGACUAAAACCUUCCAUCCGUAAAAAAUCUUAAUACAAACAGACACUAACAGUAUUUGCCUUAAUCAACUUAGCACGUACGUGUUCGCUAUAUUUACAAUUCUCCAGAAACCUAACACCUAAAAUGAGCAGUGAAUGUUAUUAACUUGCACAAUAUCCUGAAUAAAACCUUUCUUGCGAAAAAUAAUUUCUUUACAUUCCUCUUGUUAUUCCGUCUUAGGUCCCUAAGUUUGCAAAGCACUGGAAGGAGGUCGAAGAAAGCGGUGUUCUCAGCAUGGAACUGCUUGAUCAUGUGUUUUCCAAAUUUCUUCUGGAGGGCGUUGCCAGGAAAGACAUUCUGGAUUUGAUGGAACAAUUUGGAUUGAUUGCAAAAUUUUCAUCUUUAAAGACAGGUGAAAAGUAUUUCGUUCCAUCUCAACUCAAAGCUUCGCCUGAUUCCCUUUGUUCCAUGGCGCCCUCAAGGCUGGACCCUUGUCCUCUGUUUGUUUACUUUGUCAGCGGUUCUGUUCCCCAUGGUCUGUUCACUCGGCUUGUUUCUCGAUCUGUCCGUUGGUGUUCAGAGGCUGGUCCAACUCAGCCCCCUACCCUGUACCAAAAUGGAGCGUGGUUUAUCAUUGGGAAGCAAACUUUCCAUGAUUUUGUUCUUAUUUGUAAGAAGCAGUUUAUUAAGUUUUUUAUCAAGCAAAGAAACCAACUUCAGCAGAUCUCGGUGGAUGGCACAAGUGAGGUAGCAGUGCAUGUUCGUGAGUUUGUGGAGGCAACUUUGCAAUCUUUGUCACGUGAUCUCUAUAAAGGUGGAUUGCAGUAUCAUAUUCGGGUCGCCUGUCCGUAUUGUCAGCGGGAAAAGUGUUCAAGCCAUGAUCAGAUUGCAUGUUCUCAUGAAGAUUGUCUUCAUCUCCUUGAGUUAAGACAAGGCGAUCCUCUGAUUUGCAAGAAGAAACCUGUUGAGGAGGUACUCACAGUUAAGGGACAGCAAAAGUGGUUCUCGCAAACAGAAAGUAAGGUAGGUAGCAGUGAAAUGCGAUCUCUAGCAGUAGUCUUAGCAAAUUUCAUAUAGCAAGUGAAUACACAUACUACUCAUAAAAAAUUAUGUCCUUAAAAUAAAAAGGUUUGAACAAAGUCUAUGCAUCUGGUUUGUCAGGUUAUAGUAUGUUGUACAACGUAUGCCUUCAUUUAUCCUACCACAAGCCUGCUUGCAGUGUAUGAGAAGGCUUUGUUGCUGUCAACUUAACGAACAUUGGUUCUUAAUAUCAAGUCGGUUGAUAAGGUCAAUUGGCUACCAUCUAUUACUAAUUGUUAUUGGCCUGUUGGCAUUAAGCAGUGGAUAUAUAACUUCUUCUCAAGUCUUUUUAAUGUGCUGUUUUGCUUUAAUGUUGAGUAAUAAGUUUAUAGCAUCUAACGUGUUGAUAACAUGUUUUACAAACUUUCACUUCAAAAUGUAGAAACCCCCAGAUGUAAAAGUUUAUAUUUUAAAGUGCGCAAUUUUGGUUGCUAUGCAGGAGGCGUGUACUCAAUCAUCCUCACCUGAUACUGCACAAGCUCAUCCAGGGAGUCUUGUACUAAGAGUUGCCCUUCUCGCGAAUGAGUGGGGGUCGUCCAAGGGUGGCUUGUCAACGAUAAACAGAACUCUUGCCAUACAUUUGGCAAAAGACGCAAACGUAGAAGUCACCAUUCUUGUACCUGAAUUUGAGUGUGGCGAAGAGGAUAAGAGAGCUGCCGAAAGUCACAACAUUGCCAUCCGGGAAGCAGGGCGCCUUCCUGCCUUCAGUGAUCCUCUUGACUGGUUGAGUUUUCCACCAGAUGACCUUGACAUUCAGGUUGUGAUCGGCCAUGGAGCAAAGCUUGGCAGACAAGCACAAAUUAUCAGAAAGUCUCAUCGAUGCAAGUGGGUGCAGGUUGUUCACACUGAGCCUGAAGAGCUGGGGAUGCAUAAGAACUAUCCAAGCGCCAUUGCCAAGGGAGAAGGGAAGAACAGAGCUGAAGUUGACCUUUGUCAAAUUGCAGAUCUCAUUGUAGCCGUUGGACCCAAGUUGAAAGAAGCGUUCUCGUCCAAGUUGCGUUCAUCUCGUCGAGAUAUCCUUCAACUGAUACCAGGUUCCUUCGCAGAGUUUUCAAGCAUUGAACAUGCUGUACAAGAAAGUGUAAAUUUCAAAGUGUUAGCCUUCGGUCGCGGUGAUUUCGAAGACUUUAGUCUUAAAGGAUACGACAUUGCCGCUCAAUCCAUAGUUGAAUUGAAGGACAGUUCCUAUAGUCUUGUUUUCGUUGGUGCACCCGAUGGAAGGCAGGAUGAAGUCGCAGAAAUCUUACUCCAGACUGGCAUUUCAAAGAACCAGCUGAUUGUCAGAUCAUUUGUGAAAGACAAACAAAGAUUGAGAGAGUUGUUUUGUGAAGUCGAUCUGGCCAUCAUGCCAUCAAGAACUGAGGGGUUUGGUUUGACAGCAUUGGAAGCCAUGUCAGCUGGUCUUCCCAUUCUGGUUAGUGGAAACUCCGGAUUUGGAAAAGCACUGCGUGGUCUUCCAAUGGGUGAAUCAUUUGUGAUCGACUCUGAUGACCCCAAGGAAUGGGCAAAGGCAAUUGCAGCCAUCCGUCAAAAAUCAAGGACACAGCGUCUUGAGGAAAUCCAAAGACUGCGAAGAUGUUAUGAUGAAAGAUUCUCUUGGGAGAGACAGUGCCAGGCCCUUGUUGACAGGAUGUGGACGAUGGUUUAUGGUAAGAAAUCAAAUUCACCGAUAGUAAAGUAACAAUAAUAAUAAUAAUUAGUUCUUGAAAAUGUGAAAAUGCAUAUCUUAUCAAGAUUAUCCUUCAUUUGACCUUCAUCAUUCAUCGCUGUAUGUCCAUGGCUUCUGCAUAAAAUACAUUCGAGAGCAUAAAUACAUUUUUACUACAUUAUAUUUCGUGGUCCAUGUGUAUCGCUGUAGAAAUGUUGUCAUUAACCUUUUUAACCUUAAUGUUAACAUUCACACUCUCUCCACACUGUUCUCCAUACAUAUCUUGUGUUACUGAUUAGGAGAAUUUGUUUAAUAAUCAAGAUCUUUUUUGCCGGCUUACCAAUUCCAUUCUUUAAAACUUUUAUGUAUAAUUUUAUAAAAUGUUGGCUACACUUGAAGGAGUUAACGAUAAAAAAAAUUAAAAUCUAUAACAUUGCGAUACAUCAAAGUCAUCUGAUUUCUAUUCAUAUGCCGCAGUAAUGGUGGGGUUCUCUUGUAUAUAAAAAGAAAAUAACAACAAAAGCCCAGCCAAACUUUUGGCUUAUAACUUAUUACAAAAAAUGAAUGGAGGGCUUUUAAGGUUGGAAUUUUUCUUUUUUGAAGAGUGACAUUUUUUGUUAUAAUCAACACUUUUUGUUUAAUUUACAGGUAUUGAAAAAACCAAAGAAGGUGACGUUCCACCGAACGACUGUGAAAAAGUUGGUGCAGCAGGACCGAAGGCAGGUAAUGUAAUUGUUUGCUUUGUCAAUAAAAACAAAGACAAAAUUUAUUUUGCAGUAGAGUGCGGUUAUUUUCUUCUGUUGAACAAGGGUGCUUUCGAUUAUUCGGAUGCUUUUAGCUUUUCAAUGUUUAGUGUAGCAUCUCCGAGUAAACUGAUGUAAAAUAACUGUUUCCUUGUCCCGCUUACAGGCCAAACAAUUUAAAUUCACUGCUAAUUUUAAACUUUACAGGUGUUCAAAAAACCAAAGAAGAUGACGUUCCACAAAAUGGUUUUGAAAAAGAUGCUGCAACAGGACCGAUGGCAGGUGAUGUCAUUGUUUGCUUUGCCAAUUAAACCAAAGCCAAAAUAUAUUUUUACAGUAGAGUGAAGUUACUUUGUUCUUUUAAAAUCAUUUUUUUUCUGAAAUUGUCAACUGUUGUAAGCUUCAGACCAAUGCACUGUGCUGCACCUGUUUUAUGGAACUCGCUGCCAUUAAGUAAAAGAACAAGUAGGAGCCUUGCCAUUUUUAAAAAGCAUCUUAAAAUAUUUCUUUUUAGGGGGGAAAGCUUAUAAUUUACUAAAAUAACUCUGAAGUUUAGUGCUUAAUUUUGUAUAGAAUUAGACUUUUUAGAUUUUCGCAGAGCAUGGAAUUUUUUCAUUAUUAUUAUUGUUAAUAUUAGCUUUUUAGGAUUUUUUUUUAAUUGUAACUUAAUGUGAAGCGCUUUUGAAUAUUUUAUAGUUCCAGCACUAUACAAAUUCUUUAUCAUUAUCAUGAUUAUCGUCUCCUAUAAAACUGGCUUGAAAUAAUCCCUGCCGUAAAAUUCCGAAAAUAAUCUCCGGAGCUUAUAUUUUUCAAAGGUUCUUUUUGAGGGGCUUAUUUUUGGAGGGACCCAUAUUCGGAGGGGCUUUUUGCUUUGUUUAACUCUGUAUUUGAGGGCAAGUACCAGCCCCCGGGGGGCUUAUAUUUGGAGGGGUGAUUUAACGGAGGGUUUUUAGCGUUACCGGUCUGGGGGGCUUACAUUUGGAGGGGCUUAUACAUAGAGGGGCUUAUUUUCGGAAUUUUACGGUAUCUUAUUUUGUCUUUUUCAUCUUCCGCUUUCAGGUGAACUCAUUUUCCGUGCACUUCAACAAAUCCUACUGGAAGCACGCAUAGAGUCCGGCAAAACCGAGCUUUCGCAGGCUUUAAAGAGGAUUGCCUUGGAAAAAGGUUUUGCGACAUCUGACAAUCAAGGAGAGGGAAACUGCAUGUUUUUUGCACUUUCAGAGCAGCUUGACCUCAUCAAAGGAAUUCAAAUGUCCCAUGAUGAGUUACGCCGAACUGUUGUACAACACCUUCGGGAAAACCCCAGGCUGGUAAGUAUCUUAUUACCUUAUUAGGGUGCACACAUUUGCAGUAUACGAGCAUAGCUGUGGCAUUUGCCCGCUACAUUGUUUUAAUUCCUCUUAAAGUUAACAACAAUAAGGCCCUGUCCACACGUGUCCGAAAUACGCAUCCACACGAAGCGUAUUUGAAUCUUUUUCGCCCGUCCACAUAAAAACGCUAAAAUGAUUGAAAUACGAUAGCAGUCAUUUACAGAGCGUGCGCAAUGUUGCAUUCUAAAUCCUCUGUAUUCGUCCAUCCCAUGUCGUCUUUUAAAAUCUCCACUCUUGGGACCAUUUGUGAAAACCUGCUUCUUCGGCGCCCGAAAAUGCCGAUCACGUGUGGACGGAAGGCUAAAAUGGACAAAUAAAUCUCCGAUUUAAAAAAAAAAAAAAAAAAAAUAUAUAUAUAUAUAUAUAUCCGAAUACGCGUGGAAGGGGCCUCAAAUUCCUGCAAUUGAAUGUGACGGCUUUACGGGUAUGCUGCAAAUGAAUCCACCCUUUAUGAGCAAAACAUCAGCUCUGCAGGAACAUCACGCUUGUUUGUACUUUGCUUCGUCGUCCAACGCACGACUGCGACGCAAAACGUCCGUAUGCGACGUUUUGUGUAGGGCUCGGAUAUAGUCAUAAGAACUCAAAUCUAAGAAAACUCGUCGACUUAUGUUAAAUGAAGCAUGGCUAAAUAAGCGCGAUAAAGUUUGAGAGAACGCUUAUUCUUUUCCCAAGUUACUUUUCGAGUCGGAGGCAUAAAUGGAUACGGAGAAUUUUUUUUAUCUGUUUUUGUCGGCUUGAUCGUCAUGCUCAUGUCCUAUUUUAUUUUUUACGGUAUAUUGCUAAGCUUGAAAUGUCGACCAACAACAGGAUAUGACUACAUACUGGUUUAAAAGUCGCAAUUUCCAAACUCACAUUAUUUCUACAGUAAACAUCCCUUCCUCCUCCCCUCUCUCUCUUACACGUGUAACGGACACCUCCCUAAAACUUCCUAAACCUCCUAAAAGUGUUGUUUUUUGACAUUUUUAAGGAGAGUGGUAUAGGUCACACAGGUUAGACCGCUUUUUGUAGUCGAAUCCUAUUACUGUGAUGACAUGACAUCUUUAUGUCAGCAAUAUAUAAAAUGCGGUGGAAUCUCUUCAAGAUAACGUCACGAGCUAUUUUUAUGUAGUAUUUAGUAUAUCCAAUUAUUCUUAUAUCGAUAAUGUAACUUGUUGGGAUCUUGUCCUUAUUUUGUGAGAAUGAUGUCGUAGAUCAUUCUAAAUUAUGUGCGUCAUGUUUUAAUUUGGUCAUGAAGACACCUCUGAACCAUGACGCCUUCAUUGUCCAUUGAAGACAACUUAAUCUGUGUUCACACUAUACCGUAUAGUUUUUUCGCGGGCACGAGAAUCAUACCGGAUGGGGUUUCAGUUCACACACAAGAGCGGUGAUUUCGGCGCGAUUUCUGUUAAACGGAGAGAAGCUGUGCCUCGCCGAUCUCUAAAGUGGAGAGUCACAUAUCGGAUAGAUGUUCACACUGUACUGGAUGGCUUUUCGUGUCGUCACCAAAGCUUACCUGGUAUAGUAUGAUCAUAGCUUUAUUGUUCUGGUUCCGGUUCACUGAUUCUUGGCGCGCAAAGGAGAUAAAGACGUCAUCGACGUUAAUUUAUUUCACUUUAAAAAAGACAUCUACCUGGCUCGUCCUAUAUUACUAAGGUGAACAAAUCUCUGCUUUAAUACUUGAAUAGGGAUAGACCUAAAACAGUGUACAUUAUACUAGUGCUGAUAUCAGCGGGGUCAGCCUUAGAAAGAACAGACAACGAGGCUGUCUAAAAAAAAAGCCUUCUACAAAAGUACUCUACCUUUUUCUUUAUUAACUACAGUAUUUUCUUUCUUUCUUACAGCUGGAUGGGACGGAACUGUUUCAUUUUGUUGAUGGAUAUCCAUCUUGGGAUGCCUACCUCACAAGCAUGAUGACAGAUGGUACAUGGGGUGAUCACGUGAUUCUACACGGCGCGGCAAACUGUUUUCAAACGUGCAUCCACGUGAUCAGCAGUCUUCCGCAUCGCCAUGACGUAAUGAUCUGCCCAGAGUUUGAUGUUACUGGUAGCAACCGGCUUGUGCUGGGUCACCUUCAUGAGCUUCACUAUGUUAGCCUUAUUCCACAGAAAGGAAGUAAAGAUGUCUGAUUACGCUGCUAGUCAAGAGUUGCUUACUUGCGAUAUUUUAAAUUGAAGACAUUUGAGUGGAACAACCGGCUGAAUCUUUAGUGUGGCACCUUAUUUGCAAAGAUGAUCGCAAGAAACAAGGAAUCUUUUUUUUCACUUUUACUUUUUAUUUGUCAAUGUUAUUUUUAAGGUAUAAUUAGCCGUUUUAGUGGACUAACCAUUCAUGAGAAAAAAUUUUCUGCCUGAAAAAAUUCAUACAGCCCCCUCAAUUACCAAGAUAAUUACUGUAGUCGUCUUAAUAGAACUUGGUUUUUAGUGAUUCCACCUUGCCUUCAGUCCCCUGUAAAUACUCCACCACUAGAGCCUGUUGCUUUAAAAAUCCUAGGAAAAUACGUG